AGAGAGUUAAAGACAGUUAUAGAUAUUAGGAAGUUCAGUCAUUCGAUCUAGGGCCUUGGUCCUUGACACACACAUUGUGCAUUGGUACCAUAUAACAUACAGAGACACAUACCCAGAAAUGGCUUCUCUCCCUCUCCCUCCUCCUCCUCAUCUCCAGACUCUCAGUUGCUUAUCGUGUGUCUGCGAAGACAGGAAGCUCCACCACCAUCCCAUGUCACUAUGUUCAGAAAUACAAAACCCAUGUGAAAUACUUGUGUAAAGUACAUUAUUUGGUAAGAUGCUCCCCUGAUGUACAUACUAAGAGCAUAAAUAAGGCCUCAAUCUCUCAUGACAUCAACCAGCAAACCUUCACUGUGACCAUGACUGAUCUGGAGCCAGAGGACUCUGGACGUUACUGGUGUGCUGUGGAGAUCAAUGGUGUACCAGAUGUCUGGACAGAACAGUUCCAACUAUCUGUCUCUGCAGUUAAGAUCCCUGCAACUCUUCCAUAUGAUUACAUGACUGGUGUUCUGGUUUCAUUUACUGCACUAGGCUGCCCUGCCGCUUUGGUGUCUGUACCUCUGUGUUCAGGUACUCCAGAACUCUAUGUGGACCAACAGGAGGUGACUGGAGUUGGAGGGAGUGUCAUUGUAAAAUGUUACUGUAGCUACACUGGAAAUAGGAAGUCGUGGUGCAGGAUUGGUGGCAGUGUCUCCUGUGUGGAGAGGAAUUCAGGGGCUCUUGAUGGAACAUCAGUGACCCUACAUCAGACCACUGAUGCCACCAGAGGAAACAUCUUAAUGGUGACUAUGAGUGGACUGAAGAUGGAGAACACCGGCUGGUACAGGUGUAGAGUGGGAGACCUUGUGAUGCCUGUUCACAUCACUGUCAGACGACAAACCACCACACAAAGUACCACCACUAUGACCACAACUAAAGCUCCAACCACUGAACAAUCCUCUUUCUCUCCAACUGCUGAGCCUGUUCAGACUGACAACACAGUCCAAGGACCUGAGCCUGUUGAGACUGACAACACAGUCCAAGGACCUGAGCCUGUUCAGACUGACAACACAGUCCAAGGACCUGAGGGGGGAAAGGAGAAGGACACCAUGAGAAAAUUAUCACUCAUUCAGCUGUAUUUCACACUUACUCUUUCAAAUGGAUGACAAUAUAAAUAUGAUGAAAGGCAAUAUUUUCUGUUUUUCACACUCGAGUUUAGGCCACAAAAACACCCUCCUCAAAUGUUUUCACACAGAGUAUAGGCCAAGACACUGUUGUCAUAGAGACAUUUACCACUUCCUCAUAUAUCUGUGGUUUGUAGAAGUAGCAGCAUUCUAUUAUUGUAUGGCAAAGUUUCACACAUAAAAGGUGUGAAGAGCUGAAGAAUAUUUCCAUUUAGUCAUAGCAGCACAAAAACAAUAAUUAAAAAAUCUUAAUAUCUUAGAAUUAGAAGGAUUUUGUGAUUGGAGGAACGUUAGCAGGUAGCCUACAGGAGCACCUUUUUGAAGUGAUUGUUUGACA